AGCACGCACGGAAAACAAUAAAUUCACCUGUCACGGAGGGGCCCUAGCUUGUGGGAGUAAGCUGUGUCGCGGCAUCACCUCCGGGGGAUACUAGAUACAUCUCUAAUUAACAUCUAGCGGUGCUUCUUGGCGUUCCUGAAGAAUGGGGGAAUCAAACACCAUGCCAAAGAAGAAGGAUCAUACUUCUGACCCUGAUGAUCAAGAGGAGGAGGAAGAGUAUUCAGUUGAGAAGAUUUUAGAUAAGCGUGUACGCAAUGGCCGUGUUGAAUAUUACCUAAAAUGGAAAGGAUAUGGAGAUGAAGACAACACAUGGGAACCUGAAUCUCACCUAGACUGCCCCGAACUGAUCUCGGAAUUUGAAGAACGACGGAAGAAAGAUGAUGCCAAAAAGAAGGAAGAGAAAAAAAGAAAAACUCCAGCUGUGGAUGAUGCAUCUAAAAAGAAAACAAAAAAAGCUGUAGAGGAGGAUAGUCGCCCACGAGGAUUUGAUAGAGGGCUUGAAGCAGAAAGAAUCAUUGGUGCAACAGAUUCCAGUGGAGAACUAAUGUUUCUUAUGAAAUGGAGAGGAACUGAUGAAGCAGAUUUGGUCCCUGCUAGGCAGGCAAAUGUUCGAUGCCCGCAAGUUGUUAUUAAGUUCUACGAAGAACGACUCACUUGGCACUCCUCCACCAAUGAUGAGGAAGAAGGGAAUCAUGAGGCAGACUGAAUGGACAGUGCUAAAUCAGAAGCUUUUGAGUCACAAAUUUAUUGUGACCUAGUUUUUAUAGUCCUGCAACAAACUUUUUAAAGUUUAGUGGAUGUUAGUGAGAACGUAUUGUAUGUCUUUAUAUUUAGUUAAAAGGGAAACAAUGUCAAAAGUAAAAGUUCGUUCAUUCUUGGUCAUAUUUGCUACUUCAUUUCAAACAUUUCUUUAGGAAGACAUUUUCAUUUGUUUAUAUAUAUACAGAUUUAUUUGGUUGCUAUCCAUUACUUAAACAUUUCGCUUUUGUUGUAUUGUAUAUUUUUAUAUAUUGAUCGAAGCAGGUUUAAUUGGAUUUCCUUUCAUUAUAUGAACAUUUAGGCUUCAUAUUAUAUAUUUUUUAUGUAAAUGCAAGCAAGCUUAAUUUUUUUUUAAAGGGGAGGGGGGGUGGGGAAGCAUAGGAAAAGGUGUUCGCUGCUAUACCAUGGCCGUUGAUGACAUGUAGAGUAUUUGAAAAUGUAAACCUUGUAAUAUUUACUUUUUAUAAGAUUGCAAAGUAAAGUGUAGUUUUAUAAAUUUUCUUGAUUUUUCUUGCCUUUAUUGAAAAAUAGAGAGAUGUAUUCUCAUGUCUUUGUUCUCUCUAUUUUUUGCUCUCUUCAUGACUUUAAAUGCCUAUGCCCGAGAAUUAAAUUUUCACUUUGUUUUUAAGCUUAACAUAUUGCAUAUAUUGUCAAUAAUUAUUACUGUUUGCAGAUAUAUUGAAAAUGACUAAAGUCAGAGCUCUCAAUUUCCACACAUCACUUUUUGUACACCCUGGCCAAGAAGUAUUGUUAUCACACUAAAGAUGAGGGGGGGGGAGUAGGUGACCCAAAAUUCACAUGAUUUUUGUUGCAGUUUAUGUAUAAAUUGAAAACUCAGAAGGCCUGGUUAUUACUGAUGAUUUAUUUUCUUGGGGCCACAUGGUUAAAAAUGUUAAAACUGAAUAUGGCAAGUGGAUGUUUUGCUUUACUGCCAACUACCAAGUUUAACGGUGAUAGCCUCUUAUCUGUCUCUCUCUAUUAUUUUUUGGGGGGCAAUGUUUUCAGAUCUAUGGAAGAUAUUUGCUACAAAAUACUGGCUAUAUUCAGUAUGAGUGAUGUGUGUACUACUGUGGUGAGACUGCAAUAGCAAAGACAACUGGUGUAUCAAGUCUUCUGACUUUAUUCGUACUGGUACUUUAAUGGCAGUCACUGAAGAAUUUUUUUUUUUUAAAUGAAGGUAGCAUCAUAGGUUAGUAUUAGUAUCUAAUGCAGUUAAUCAGCUCUAGUGUUAUAUUUUUAAUAACUGGUUUUCCUGCUAAGUUCACAUAUUUAGAAAACUAUUGUGGAAAAAAUGUUUAAAAAAAGUGUAAUGUUAGCCUUUCUGUACAUCAUCGUCAUUUAUUAUAAGUGUGAACCAGAAUAAAGUUUCCAGUAUUCAGA